AUGGCUGGAGAGUUCUUGAGCCACAUUACAAGGUUGAAUUUGAGAUUGGAGCGUUAUGAUGCGGCUGCAAAAGCUAUCCAAGAGGAGAUUGAGAAAUAUAUUGAAGUCAAGUGCGCUGAAUUUGAAUUCAAUGAUGAAGCGAGAGCGUGUCGUCAGCUAAUUGGUGGUUGGGAAGGCGGGGAUGAUGAGCAGUUCCAGAAUGUCCUGAAAGAUGGAGUGUUACGAAGUAUGGAUAACGAGUAUCUCCGAUUAAUGAAGAAGCUGCGUGCGCCAGGAGGAGGAAGCUCUACAGUCGGUGAAGAAGGGGAAGGGGAAGAGGAGGACUUGAAGUAA